CCAUCGAACCUCGCCGAGCUGCAGAAUGCACCAUCGUCUGGGCCUAGCCUAUCCAAGUUCCGACACCCGACUAUUCGGAUGACGACAACCUUCUCUCCGAUGAUUCCUUCAUGGAAGAACUGAAAAGUGCUACGGUGGAGGAGGCAAAGCCCAUCUCGGUGGGUAAAACUCCUCUUUCUCCAUACUCGAACGGUGGGAGCGAUAACGUUGGAUCCGAUGCCUGGCGAACUUCGCGUGCGGUUUCAAACCCAAGUGCUAUUGUACCUCAGUAUGCCAAUGCACCUGCUUUUGCUACCGCCAGGUCAGUUUCGAGUCCAUUCUCACAGGCCGAGGAUCCAACAAGCCCCGUUUUGGUGGCUAAGAAGAUCAAUGUUUCUUCUGGUAUCUCUAAGCGCAUCAAAGCGUUGGAACAGUUCUCAGGCAACCGCGAGGGUGCAGCUACUCCCCCGAAUUUAUCUACCCAAAAUGCAGCCUCCUUUGGAGCUGUUCGCAAACGAGCAUCCGUAUCAUAUGGGACCGGCAACUCGGAGGCGUCGUUAUCGCGACAUUCAUCGUACGCACCGGAGCCCUUCUCUCGAACUGCGAGUCUGAGACGUCCCGACUCGAGGGCUAGCACCAAUGCCGAACAGCCCACAAACUCUGUCUCUGUCACUGCACGCAUAAUCCGCGAGCCAAGCGCUCCAGCGAACGACUUGAACGCAGGCACGGAGCCCCGCACCCUCAAUCUGCAAGCCAGCCCGUUAACCGUUGAGCAUGGCACAUCGGAUCAGCCUGCAUCACGGGAUCCGACGCCAGAUGCUACUCCGAACCAGAUUGAACCGCGUAAAAUGUCCGUCUCCUCUAUAAGCUCAGCCAAGCCACCUGCAGGUACAAUGCCUCGUUCAGAGAGUAGGUUAUCCGUGUCAUCUAGAAAUGACGGAUAUUUCCUCUCAAGGUCCCCAAGUGAGACAUCAGCAUCUUCGCCCGAAGAGAAGAAGGAAUCCCGUGCUUCCAGACUCAUUCGCCGUAUGUCUUCGAUAACUUCACCCUCACGGAGAAGCACCGUCGGUUCAAAAAGCCCGGCGCUCAAGGAGGAGGACAAUAUGCCGUCUUUGGAUAAUCGUUCCAAGACCACUGUUGAGCUUCCCGCCCCUGUCGACAUCGGCGAGCUCAAUGUCCAAUUUCCCGACACGCUGCUGUGGAAACGACGGUUUAUCCGAAUUGACAGUCAAGGCUAUCUCAUUUUGACACCUGGAAACAUGGACUCGAGCAACCGCAACAUGGUCAAGAGAUACCACUUGACUGAAUUUAAAACACCUUGCGUACCUGACGAAGAACGGGAAGAACUUGCCAAUAGUAUCUUGCUGGACUUCCUCGACGGAAGCACCCUUCAAUGCGCCUGUGAAUCGAGGCAAGGGCAGGCGUUUGUUCUCCAAACUCUUGUCGAUGCCCAUGGUACUCAUCAACAACUCGUGUCUAAAUAGUUCCUUUCACCAUCAUAGCAUUCAUUUACAUUUCUUUCGACCUAAAAUUGCAUCCCUUCAUGUAUCUAUCCCGCUCACUUCAUCGUCCAAAUGCCCCCGGGUCGUCUUGAUUUCUUUCCCUGUUAUCAUGCAUGUUUUCCAGCGGUAUACCCUAUCAAAACGAUUUUCCUUUUGUCCAUUCGACCGACUAUUUUCAUUCCUGAUACUGCAUCUGGAGCGUCAAUUACCUCUCAAUCUUCAGAUCUUUUUUUUUCUUUCUCCUUCAUCAUUUCUUUGGCCAAAUGUAUGGGCCUCGAGCCUGAUUCGCUACAUAGCCGUCAUGUUUAGAUCAUCUCCCUUACGUGUUUUCGCACCGACGGUUGAGCACAAUUAGAUAUUCUUCGUUCCUCGUUUAACGGGCCUUCCCAUUUUUGUAUGCCGUGUUUUGUUUAAUAUGCAUUGGGUAGGUAGUACUGAUUUAUCUAUAUCUAGUAUUACAUGCAGGCUUUAACUUAUGUUU